AGUGAUAGCAACUGUGAAAGAGCCUGUAUCUGGUUGGAUAGACAACGUAUACGGCGCGACUGGAGUACUGUUGGGAGUUGCAAUGGGACUGCUCAGGGUACUGCGAUGUGGCAAAGACAACAAGGCGGACAUGGUACCCGCUGACUAUGUAGUGAACAGUUGCUUGGCGGUUGCGUGGGACGUGGCGUCUAUGAAAACAUUAAAUAACAACAAGGAGACACAAGACCAAGAAAGUAGGGAGGAGAAAUUUGACAAGGAGAUACCUGUAUAUAAUUUUGUAUGCACCCCAGAGCAACCCAUCACGUGGGAUGAAUUCCAGCAUUUGAGUACCAAACAUGCCCCGCAAAUACCAACGGACAAGAUCGUGUGGCGUCACAUGCUUUUCAUGGUUAAGAACAAAUAUCUGUACAAUGUGUUAGUGUUCCUGUUGCAUACCAUACCUGCAUACUUAAUCGAUUUCAUCAUUAUUUGUUUGGGAAAGAAACCACUGUUGGUGAAGGGGUACCAGAAAAUCAACAAAUUCUCCGACGUCAUCGCAUAUUUCUCCUCGAACGAAUGGGAAUUUAAAAACGCCAACACUCAAGCGCUGUGGAACCGCAUGAAGAAAACCGAUCGUCAGUUGUUCGAGUUCAGCAUGAAACUGGUCAACUGGGACAUGUACUUUUACACGUACACCAGGGGAGCGAGAACCUACUUGGUCAAAGAUAAACUCGACGAGGACAGUUUGAGACGCGGCAAAGCGAAGUACUACAAACUAUUUGUCGCUCAUUACGCUUUGUGCGGUUUGCUCCUGUUUUUAGUCUUCAAGUUUUUCAUGCUUAUUUUCGGGCUUUUAUUGUGAGUCACUUGUCAGAUACGGUGUGUACAUAGUUACUAUUUAAGGAAGGCAGUCCGACGAUCGGAUUUAUUAUGAUUCAUUGUUUUAUUUUUUGUGAGUAUAGUCUGCGAAUGGUUGGGAAAUCUCGAAACUGGAGAUACUACAGACUAAAAUAUGUAAAUUGACCCAAACAUACCUAAGUCCAAAAGUUGAUAGUUUGCGAGAGAUCAAAGUUACAAUUUUAUUUUCUAUUUUUCCGUAUUGCUUGAGAAGUAUUUCAGAUUUUGGCAUAAAACUGGGUAUAGGGUGGUUUUCUAGCAUGAUAAACAAGAAUCCGUUAUUUUUUAUGCCCAAACUUCUAGAGGGCGCCACUUAUAGCACUAUUUCGGUAAAUAAUUUAUCAUAACUUUUUUGUGCUGCCCUGUAUACAACAAAUGAUCAAAAGAUGUCAUUUGUUCGUAUUUCCACAACAAAAAAGGUUUACUUGUUAGAACUGUCUAAAGCUAAUAGUUUUCGAGAUAUCUGCUUUUUAAGGUUCCAAUGCAUUAUUUGUACCAUGUUGAUAAAACAUAAUAAUCAAGUUACUUCGGAUAAUAUUUGAGUAGCGUUGCUAUGGUUUCUAAUGUUUGUCAUAAUAUUUCCUUAAACUUUAUGAAUAAUUUUAAGUUGACAAUAAGUUGGAUGAAUAUUCUGCUAUGCAUUUAAUGUACGGAUUGACUUUAGAAGCAAAUAUCUCGAAAACUAUUAGCUUUAGACAUUUCUAACAAGUAAACCUUUUUUGUUGUGGAAAUACAAGAAAAUAAGAUUCUUUGGUCAGUUUUUGUAUACAGGGUAGCACAAAAAGUUAUGAUGAGUUAUCCAUCGAAAUAGUGUUGUAAGUGGCGCCAUCUAGAAGUUUGGCCAUGAAAAAGAACAGAUUCUUAAUUCUCAUGCUAGAGAAGCUACCUAUACCGAGUUUUAAGCCAACAUCUGAAAUAUUUCUCAAGCAAUAACGAAGAAUAGAAAAUAAAAUUGUAACUCUGACACCCUGUAUCUCACAAACUAUCAACUUUGGACUGAGGUAUGUUUAGGUUAAUUUAUAUAUUUUGGUCUGUAGUAUCUCCAGUUUCGAGACUUCCCAACCUUUCGCAGACACCGUGUAUAUCUUAGCUGCAACUUUUUUUAACCUAGAUAUCUCUGGUACAAUUUCAAACAAUGCUUUUCAAAAAGUUACUUAUUCUUGAUAGAAUCAAGUUAGCGUGUUGAAUACUACACUACUCAAAAAAAAAAUUAGCUAAACAAGCAAAGAAUUGUCAUUUUUCGGUGAUUUUUGAGAGGCUGUAUUUCCGUGAAAAAUGGUCGUAUCUUUACUUAAAAAAGCAUUUUAAAGCUUUAAAAUUCCUAUUUUCAGGUUUUCAUGCAAUUUUUACAGAAUUUUUUGCAAAUUUUUUCUCCAUUGGUUUGAAAUUUUUUUGCUGUUUGGCGCUGAGAUAUCUGAUUUGAUACUGAAACAGGAAUAUAUUGUAACAUGUUUCCAAUUGUUUUUUUUUUAGAUUGAACAUGUUACAGAUAUCCAAUAGUGACAACAAAAGAAGAAAAAUGAUUUUUACAUUUCCAGGUGUUUUACUACAAAAAUUUUGCUCCUUUGACUUUUUAUUCUUAUUAGGGGUAAGUUAUGAAAACCUGAAAACAUUAACCUUCUAAUUAGCAGUUCCAAAAAUGCUCUAGAUUUUCCAAAAAUAACUUUUUUGACCUUUUCAAGAUCAAUACUAAGUAAAAAAAAACUCUAAAGAUUACAAUCAAAUUUUAUUGGAGAUUUAUUCGAAUUUUCGGAAAUACCCUGCCAUUCUCUGCGCGAUUACUGAUUACCGAGAUAUCAGUGGUGGAUGACAAAACAAUCCUUUUUAAUUAAAAAUCAGAUAUCUCCGCGACAAAUGAUCGCAUCGAUAUUGUAAAAAUAUUAAAGCUGAAUAAACGCACUCUCUGAUCAAGGUCAUCACAGCCUAACAGAAGAACAUUUUUUAAAGCCUGCGGACCAAGAAGAAAUCAAGAACCUCUCAAAAAAGUUUCUUGUGCCAACUUGAAAACUAGAAUAUUAGAGCUUAAAAUAGUUUUACUAAAGUUCGAUACGACCAUUUUUCACGGAAAUACAGCCUGCCAAACAUCAUCGAUUUUUUUUCUUGCUCCCUUAAUUUUUUGUGACUAGUGUAUAUCUUGGCGUAUAUACUUUGUAUUGAAUAUUUCCAUUUAAAGAAGUUGUGGUAUAUGUUGCAGCUAAGGUUGCACGCCAUAUUUAGGCACGUAUUUUGUCCUGCAACAUGUUGCGUAUUGUCUCCGUAUCAACAAACUGGCGCUUUACAUGCAAUAUGUUGCGGCUUAAAUUUGUUGCAAUGGAAACAUGCCUUUAAGCGUUCAUUGUUAUUUAUUAGCAGGCAGUGUCUGAUAUAAAGUGCUUUUCAAACUGCGACAAAUAGUCUAUUAUAGGCGGAUGAUCAUCUUAAAAGAAACACUUUUUUAAUGAAAAAAGAAAACAGCAGAAAUAACAUAUUAAAGUUUAAAAUGUGUUUGUUUAACAUUUUAUUAAUAAAGAUACAUACAAAAAAGUUAUACGUAAUAUAGAAAUUUGCAUUUUUUCAGAAUUUGAUACACAUAUUACAGGCAUACGUACUGUGUAAAAACCGUGAAUUAUUUGGUAAAAAAGCAAGUAAUUUUCAUUUGAACAGAUUGUUUUUUUGUAUAAUUAUUUAGAACAGCAAGUUGAAUUUUAUUUAAUUUGGUAAGUGUGUCUGUACUGUCUUUUUCUUGCUGAAAAUAACGUUGCAACUUUUUUACGCAGUCUAAUGCCUCCUCACUGGAAGCUCUUUUUCAUCGUUAUUUUCUAGUUCGUCUUCCUGUUCGUUAUCAACGGUUCCUUCAUUAACCAAAUUGGAGUGUUUCUGUGUUGCUAUUAAAUUAUUGUCAAAUUAACAUACAUUUGUCUAUAUUCAGUAAAGUAUUCAUUUUCAGUAAAUCACUUAAUGGAAUUUCAUCGUCUGGAUUAAAAUCGUUGACUGUUUCAGUCAUGUUUUUCUCUAAACCAGCAUGGCGUAAACAAUUACGAAUCGUUUUUGAAGUAAGCAAUUCCCAUGCAAUAGUAAGCAAAUUUAUAGCAUCUAAAAUCUUGACAGCUUUGGAAUUGUUCACAUCUUCUUGAAGCUCCAUAAUUCAUCAACAUAUGUUUCCGAUACAUUUGCUUAAGACUCCAAAUCAACAAGAGCAUAUUUCACGAUUUUUCUUAAAAAGUUCAUCGUCCCACUUUUUUUUUAUAUAUUUACAAGCUUUAUUAUUUCCAACAUAAUCGACGGGAAUUGUUUUAACAUUUUUGAAACGGUACUGUUGCAUCUGGUAGAACUUCGAAUUUGUUUUUUCCGAUAGAUUAUUUUAAAUGAAAAAAAGUGUGGAUGAAGCACGCUUGUCUAGAACAUUUUUUCCCAAACACUGUAUUUUUAGCAGUUAUCUUCAUCAUUAUUUCCACCGCCAUCGGCCAUAUGACGUUGACGUAUGUGCAUAUGUCAUGUAUGAGAGGCGCGUGCCUGCGGUGUUGCCGCAUUUAAGGAAAAAUAUGGAAAGUGGAAAAUUUAUAAUACAUAUAUUAAUUAAUAUAAAAUAACGAUCGUUAGCUAAAAAACAAUGAAUUGUCAAUACUUAUAACAAAUAAAAAGUAGUAAAACAAAAAACACUGUUACAUGUAAUUAUAAAAAACAAAUAACAAACAGUAAAAUAAAAAGCGUUUUUUCAUAAUUACAUGGAAUUGUUUUUCAUUUUACUACUGUUUUUGCUUUUUGUUUCUUGUUAUCACUUA